AUGUCAUCCUCUAGCUCGUCAUCGAACAAUGAAAGAGAGGAAAGAGACCGUUUGAGCCUCACAAGUAAAGGAUUGAGGACGUUGCCAAUCAACGCGCUCCACGAGUCCGGCAAGAAAGGAGGCUCUACGGGACAUGAUGAAUUGUUCUUGUCCCCGGAGCCCAUUCGCUUAGCACCGAGAGUAAACAAAGUUGAAGAUGAUCUCUUGGGAAAGGUUUCUGGUGGAUUACAUGAUGAUCACUCAAUUGACAGAGAUCUGGAAAAACGCGUUAACGAACUUGAAACGAAACUUUCUGUACUUAGCCGUUUACUCCAAACCCAACGCAUUGCACGGCUUUCGCCAGAACCAGCCGCUAGCCCUCCCCACCAAUCUCUCUCUGCACCAUUGCAGGAUGUUUUAAUGUCUCCAAGACCGCGAUCCUCGAGCACGUCUAUCCCUCAUCUAGAAUCACCAGCUCCUCUCACGUCUGGUAAAAAUGGCGCGUCAUACGAUUCCGAAGAAGAAGAGAUUUUUAUUAAUCAUAGACGAGAUGAUAACAUUGCCGUUGCAGAUAAUCAAAAUUCAUUCGGAUCUCGUCGGGAAAUUAAUAAACGCAAUCUUUCUUUCCGGCUCUUGUACGGAGGCGAUGAAGAUGAGUAUGACAAGCGCAAUGACUCAGCUCCUCCUACCGCUUCUAUGACUGCCGCCGAGCGCAGCUGGCUACGGCCCAUGGUCAUACAAUUUCAACAAAAGGAGCAGAAAGAAAAGAAAACCGUCGAAUCUACCAAUGUACCCGAUGAUUCCGUCCGAAACAAAUGGCUCAACUACCUCAACAGUUUUCAAGAAUCGACUCCGGACGUUGAUGUGCAGAUGGAAGAAUUUAUUAAAGUUCCAACUCAGAUGGAGGCGAUCAUGGGUUUUGGCUUUUUCAUUUGUAUGGACUCUUUUCUGUACAUGAUCACUAUUCUACCUGUUCGGUUUGUGUGGAGCUGCUUUUUGCUUUUACUACGUAUCUUUCUUUGGAAACGACCAGCAUCUCCUUACCAGUUUCACCGAAGGCACAGCUACCAAAUGAUUCAAGUUAUGAUAGUCUUCGUGAUUUAUCGCUAUGUUUUGGCGGACAUCAGUAUUGGGAAGCUUUACCAUUGGAUUCGUGGACAAGCCAUGAUCAAACUAUAUGUUCUAAUUGCAAUGGUCGAAGUCUUCGAUCGUCUCAUGUGUGGUUUGGGACAGGAUUGUUUGGAAAGUAUGUACUGGAACUCUGUUUCCCGUCCGAGGUCUUCUCGUAUGAUUAUAUCAAUAGCUCUUGUACUGAUUUACGCAACCUGUCACACACUCAUUUUGUUCGUACACGUCGAAACACUCAAUGUUGCCAUGAACUCUGCUGAUCAAGCCCUAUUGACGCUAUUGAUUUCUGGGAAUUUUGCCGAGAUCAAGAGUACUGUCUUUAAAAAGUACAACAAGCCAGCGCUUUUUAAGAUCACAGCAUCUGAUAUUUGCGAGCGCUUCAAGCUUGGUCUUUUCCUUGGGCUGGUGCUGCUCCUCAAUGUGAGCCAAGGAAUGGAGCGUGGUCAGCUGGUCGACUACUUGCGCACAUGUUGCUUCGUUUGGGUGGCCGAGCUAGUAGCGGAUGCUAUAAAGCAUUCGUUCAUAACGAAGUUCAACUUCUUGCCUGCGAAGGUGUAUCGCGAGUACGCGCUGCUGCUUGCGGGAGACGUCACCGGUAUCGGUCACGAAGGCGUCAACCUGGAUCACUCACAUGCUGUGGUCAAACGAAUUGGCUUCGCUCAAUUGCCAUUGGUUUGUGUUUUGUUUCGACUACUACGUGAAGCUGCCAAGUAUGCUUCGCUGAAUGGGUACUGGCACGAAAUGCCUACAUUCGUAUUGUGGAGUCUUGGCAUCGGGAUGUGGCUACUUCUUGUUUGUAUGAAGGUGGCUCUCGGAGUUCUACUACAAAGAAUCUCACUUGAUAGGCUACGGACAGCACCUGAAAUCUCGGUAUCUCAAGGUAGCAACGCAAUAAAGAAGAAAAAGUAG